AUGGUGAUACAGGACCAAGUGCCUCUCACCACACACAUAUCACAGCAGGUUGAGGAUUACGCUUGGGUCAUGUUUCAUGGCAGCCCCAUCGUCCUGCUGUCAGGUGGGAAACCAGUGGAAGACCUGUCUCGAAAGCAUCACACCUGGAAGGAGCAGAGUCCUUGGCUGUCUUCCUUGGUGAACGCUGUGGGGACUGGUGUGCCCGCCAAGGGCUUCCCCGUGGGUGCGGAUGAGGCGGCAGCGCGCUGGAACCCCCCGCGCUGCGGCGUGCCGGACCUCCCGGGGUUGCCGGACGGCCAGAACGGGCGGAACCGGCAGAAGCGGUUCGUGCUCUCCGGCGGACGCUGGGACAAGACUGAUCUCACCUACAAAAUUAUCAGGUUCCCAUGGCAACUUGUAAAAGCUAAAGUGAGAAGGACCAUUGAGGAAGCUUUGAAAGUCUGGAGCGAUGUGACCCCGCUGACCUUCACUGAGGUGCAGGAGGGACGGGCUGACAUUGUCAUCGAUUUCACACGGUACUGGCAUGGAGACAACUUGCCUUUUGACGGGCCUGGAGGGAUUCUGGCACACGCGUUCUUCCCCAAGACACACCGGGAGGGAGACGUCCAUUUUGACUAUGACGAGACCUGGACGAUUGGGAACAACCUGGGCACUGACCUUCUGCAAGUGGCUGCUCAUGAGUUUGGCCACGUCUUGGGUCUGCAGCACACGGCUGUCUCCAAGUCCUUGAUGUCUCCUUUCUACAUCUUCCGCUACCCGCUAAGCCUGAGUGAGGAUGACAAGCAAGGUAUCCAGUAUCUCUAUGGGAAACCCAAACUGGAUCCUGACCCAACCCCACCUCAGCCAGCAGAGCUGCCCCAGCCAGACCUCGAAACAAAUGAGAUCACCAAUGUGGAGUCUGUGCAGCCCGACGCCUGCGAUACAGCCUUCGAUGCCGCAUCCACCAUCCGAGGGGAGCUGUUCUUCUUCAAGUCCCGCUAUGUGUGGCGGCUCCGAGCUGGAAAGCUGCAGGACGGCUACCCAGCUCUGGCCUCCCGCCACUGGCAGGGGAUCCCCAGCUCUGUUGAUGCCACCUUUGAAGACCCUCUGGGCAAUAUCUGGUUUUUCCAAGAUUCUCAGUACUGGAUUUAUGAUGGCGAGAGACGGGUAUCUGGUCCCACCCCGCUUGUGGAGCUGGGCCUCCCUGCAUCUCCUGUGCAGGCAGCUCUGGUGUGGGGGGCUGAGAAGAACAAGAUCUACAUCUUCAGUGGAGGCAACUACUGGCGCUUCAACCCUCACACCCGCCAGGUGGACAACAUCUACCCCCGGACCAUGGCCGACUGGCGCGGUGUCCCUCAGGAGAUCGAUGCGGCCUUUCAGGAUGAGUUUGGUUUUGCCUAUUUCCUGAGAGGUCGAGAUUACUGGAAGUUCGAUCCAGUUCAGGUGAAAGUGCUGGAGGGUUACCCACGCCAGAUCAGCCAGGACUUCUUCAGCUGUACACCUUCCUCCAACUCCUUCAGAUGAGGGGGAUGCCUGUGUGCUCCAUGCUCCCCUUUCAUCACCUGGACCUCCAGCAGCCACACAGAGGGUCCUCUCUGCCAUUCCUGGCUUCCUUCCAGGCUCAGCAUCUGUCAUGACAAGUGACAAAGUUUUCUCCUCCCCAGUUCCAGCAGCCUCAGCUUCAGUUGCUAUCAAUGUAAAAGCAUCUGCCAUGUUCUUUGCAGGCAAGAGCAACCACUAAACCCUUCAUGUGGCCACGCUCUUCUAGCAAUAGCAUCCCAAAAGCCAUCAAGCCAGCCUGGAGUGGGAUCACACUCUCCUAAUUAACCUGGACCCCAUCAUGUAGAACUGAUGUGCAUUUCCUGUGUUUACACAGGGCAUAACAGCAGCCCUGCGUUUCUCCAGAGGCUGGCCUGGGAGGAAGGCUUCCUCUGAGCCACCUGCCUCAGCCAGGGCCUGGGAAGGACACUGACUGUGAAGGAAUGCAGAUGUACAGCUGCUGCCAGGGUCACUUCACCAGGGCCGCGGUGGUGACUGCCAGGACCCUGCCACAGCCCUACACACAAUUUCAUGUUGUAUCACUAGUACGUGUUAGGAUUUUAUACUGAUUUGUAUAUAGACAAGGGGCCCCCUUCUUUCCACGGUGCUGGGUGCCAGUGCUGGACACUGCCCCGUUGCUCCCUGGGCUCAGACCGAGCUAGGUUCCUCAUCCUGGGUUGCUCACGACUGCACUGAUCAGUUUUGUACCCCUGUUCCCAGGCUGCCUGGACACCAGGCUGGGGGCUGGCAUCGUACAGCCCCACUCCAGCUCUUUGCACACCCCUCGUUUCUACAUGACCUUAUGCCAAAAAAACCCAAAGGGGCAGCAGCCGGUUUCCUCCCUUUUCACCUUCCAGCCCACCCGUGCCCCUCGCUGUUCCCUGCCCCAGGUGACCGGCUGGAGACACCGCAGCGGGCGGGCGGGCCCAGGGGGUGACACCCCGGCCCCAGUGCCCCAUCCCCGAGGGUCCCGGUGCCGGCCCCUCAUGAGCACACCUGUAAAUGUUUAUCGAGCGUGUACAGCGCGCCCCCCCGUCCGUGCCAGCCCGCGCGUGAGUGCCGUCUGUGUAUUUAUGUACCGCCCCGCACCAA